AUGAAAGGAAAUGCUAUAUGUUGGUCUGUGCCUAUGCCCAAUAUAUAUAAAGCCUUACCUCCUACACCAGAGGAAAUGAACGAAGUACUUGCAUUUGUAUAUUUAGGGCCAGAAAAGCCUACAGAAGAUGAUUAUAAACGUACCCCAUUACUAGUACGCAAAAAUAAAGUAAAGAAUGCCUUGGAAUGGCUCAAAUUAAAUCAUGAUCAAUAUCAUGAUUUGACAAUAGCUUAUGAUGUGUUGGACCGAUAUUCAGAGAAUACACCAAUAGUAGUCACUGAUUAUAGACAUUCUGAUAAUCCUAUACAGCCGGAAGCAACUGCAGUGACAGGAGAUGAGUCAGAAGAAGGAACAGAGACAGGGCCAUGUACCUUUCAAGUUCAUGGCCUAGUGGGAUCUGACUUGGAGCACAUGAAUACACAGCAAUAUAAGGCAGAGGCAUUGAAGCAUUUAUUGCAUGGAGGUACCGCCCUGGGUAUUGGUAGGUCAGAAGAACCUGAAAGUUUAUGGGAUAAUCCUACUUUGUAUCCUCAAAUAUUCCCUUGGCUAUUUCCAUAUGGUAAAGGAGGUAUUGGUCAUGCACUAGCUAAGAAUAAGGUAGAAGAUCACACACGUAAAGGGCAAUUACUACUUUACCAUGACAAA